AUGAAAUAAGCUAUUUUAGAUUUUAUCAAUUCAGGUAUUCUUAUAACAAAACCCAUUGAUGCAUUCUAUACAGAAUAAUUUGAAAACUUUACAAAUGAAUGCUACAAUCGUCUUAUUGCAUUUUACAUGAAAUAAUAAAGUGAUGAAAAACUUAAGAGUGCUUACAUUGCUCUUAUGAAAGUUGUACAAAAUCCAAAAGUUGAAAACCUCAAUCUUUUAGUAUUUUGUGGAGCAUACAUAGCCCAAAAGACUUACUAUUAUCAGUAAAAUCUUAUUCAAUUAAAUACCAAAAAUAUUGAAAGAAUUCAUUUAGAUUGUUAUCACAUAAUAACCUUCACUCUUAAUGGUGUUAUAGUAUCUGAUUAAUAUAUUGAAACUAAUCUAAAAAAGUAUUUCACUGAUAAAUACUUGGAUUACACAAAGAAAACUGCUCCUCCACCAUAAUAUGUAAAACCCACAAAAUUUUUUGGUCGUCCUAUUGAAUACACCAAAUUAGAAAGUGAUGAAGGAACAGAAUUUGCUUAGACUCUAUCAGGAAUAUUUAAACCUCCUAUUAAACAUAAGAAACUCCCUGUAGUUGAAGAAUAAACUUAAUAUUAAGUUAGAUAAUAAUUUAAAUCACCUCCUAUUAGAAGAAUGAAAAUUGAUAUUAAUUCAAUUUCACCUUCUCUUGCAACCGCCUUACAUAGAACUAGCUUAGGUUUUGAAAAACCAAAGAUUAUAAAUCAUCCAAUAUUGAAAUCUCAAUUAGGAGAUAUGAAUUUUAUGUAAAGACUCAAAGAUCUUGAAUAAGAUGGUGAAUAAAAAUUAGAGACUAAGAUCUAAAGAUCACAUAGAUAGAAUAUUGUUGAGUAGCAUAACCUUACUUAUCCUCCAAAAGAAUAUUUUUAGAAGAAUGUUAAAGUGGAUGCUCUAUUUAAGAAUUUUCUAGAGCUCAAAUAUGUUUUAGAUUAACGAAAAGAAACUAUGAGUUCAAUCAAAGACAUUAAUGAUUAUUAACCUAGAAUGCCCUAUAUUCCUACUUAUACUCCAUACCUAUAAUUUGAAAGUCCUUAACCUCAGAAAUAGUAAUUAAUUCAAAAAAGCAGUUUCGAAAUACUCCCUCCUUCUCAUGAAUUGGAUAAAGCUACUAUAAAUAAGUUUGAUAUACAAGCUUAAACUACAAAAUCAACUUUUAAUAAUUAAAUUAAUUCUACAUUCUUCUUUAAGACAAACAAUAAACCAUAAUCAUUUUCAAAACAUUCAACUCAAAAUUCAUUCUUUUAAUAUAUGAACAAACAAAAAGAAUACAAAUAAAAAUUUGAUAGAUUCCUCUCGAAUGAAUCAUCUCCUGAUAGAAAUAUUAACUAAAUCAAUAGUCAACUCUUGAAAAAACAAAAUUUCUUAAAGAAAAGUUUAUAAAGGUUAAAAAAAUGA